AUGAGUGUUGUUGCCAGUAGACCAGAAAGCCCUGCUGUGCCCUACACGAUCCCUCGAGAUGCCCCGAGUUAUAAAGAAAUCGGUGUGAGCGUCCAGCCUGUCACCACCUCGCGCACCUCCUCCAUAUCCUCCUACAAAACAAACUAUACAACCUCGACAUCGCCGACGACAUCAUACUCGCCCUCGUCGCCCACUUCUUCUUGUCGCCAAUUCGACUCAAUAGGGUCCAUCACCGAGCCCAUUGUGCCAGUCCAGCGCCGGAUCCCCCAAGAAGUUUACGACGUGAUCCUCAACAGCCUUGAGAUAUUGCACAAAGCGCCACACCAAACUGGUUGUACAACAUGCUUCCAGCGCGACUUGCACGCCUUAUCCCUAACUUGCCGGUCAUGGGAAAGGGCAGUCAGACCACGACUUUAUACCCAGAUUCACAUUGUCGGGAAUGACUCCCCCGCGCAGUUAAAGAAAUACCGUCUAAAAAGAGGAAGCCGCUUGAAGCUGCUGCGCCGCACCUUGCGCGAACGACAUAUGCUGGCCCAUCUCGUCCGCGAACUCCGGGUACCUCAAAUGGAUUUACUGUUCACAACAACGAAGCAGAGUACACAGUGGCAGGAGUAUCGCGAUAUCGUCGCGUCCGUGGUCAUGGUUUGCCCGAAUCUAGAACGUCUGCUGGGCCUGUCGAUCCCGUACCACCAUGAAUUCGAUCGUUUGACCCACGCGUUGUCGACCCGCAAGCGACUGAAAGAGCAUAUCUGGGUGUUGGGCGAGGCAGCGGAGGUUUCAGAGAUGUCGCCCCGCAGCACCUCCUGCCCCGGCAGUCUAGGCCCGUCUCAGAUGUUCGAGUUUCUAAAUUAUCAUGUGUCAUGGUCAAAUUUAGAGACUUUGAUGCUGUACGGGUUGAACGGGAGUGGCGCGUUGGAGCCGAGCAUAUUCUUGCGCAUGUUUGAUCUGUUACCAUCCCUGAAGAAUCUCUGCAUCACCUCUUUUAGUGAGGACGCCUUCGCGGAUAGCACGCUGCUAUGCCUUCCUCCGCUGGAAUCUUUGCGCUUGGAGAACCUGCCCGGUGUCACGGACCGUGGUCUUGUCCAGUACACGUCACGGCCCGAGUCCCGCUCGCUCAAGUCCUUUGUCUUGGUGGAACAGAAUGUGGAAUCACUGCUGGUCAUCUCCAAAAUUCUCUCCUCCCUAAGACAACUCGAACGGUUCAAGUUUGUGCAGUGCGACAAGUGUCCGGUUAUGCCUAGAGAAGGCAUAGUCUUCCAACCGAUAUUGGCAUCAUCCAGUCUCAAAUAUCUCCAUUGGGACGUUGCCUGUCCUGACCCAGGCACUGCACUGACCCAACUUGACUCUCGUCCCUUCCAGCACCCUCUGAAACAGUCCGACACCCCCAACUCCCAUCUCGCUCAAAGCAUUCUUUCCGCUGGAUUCCCUUGUCUGGAAACCCUACGCGCCCCCAAUGAUGUGGAGCCUCCAGGCGUGCUCCAAGCUUCCUGCCGUCCCAUCAUCAGGGGCCAAGCACUGCUUCGACCGGACAGGUAUAGUCUCCCUCGCAGCUCACACGGUUCUGUCAGUACCCGGCCCCUGGCUCUGCCAGCUGGGAACAACUUGACUUCUUCUCGAAUCCGGGCACAAACCUUUAUUGAUAUGGCCGCCAAGGAUUCGGAAAGUGGUAUGCCAGUGUUGAUCCAAGAUUACUCGGACAACUUUAUCCCAGACAUCGCAAUGGCUUCCCAGUUCGAAGAAGAGCCUGAACAGGAAAUGGAUGAUUACGGUAUCUGGGCUGCCGCCGAGCGAUACAAGAAUGCACCUCCCAAGAACGAUGGCCCCAAAACCGUCUACGAGUUUCAUAUGCCUGCAUUCAUGGGCCGCUCAGGCGUCAAGGAUCCCGCAACGGGAGCUUCUAUUCCCAAGUUCCUAUUACGCCCUGAUAUUACCGGGCAAGAAUCAGAUGGUGGCUUGAUCGGGUGGAAGCAAUUGCUUGCCUCCAAUCAAUCACUCUCUUUCGCUGCUGGAGUGGGAGUCCACUGCUUUGAAACCGGCAAGAACAUUCCCAACCCGCCUCCGAUUGAUGAUAUUGCUUCCCCAUCUUCCAGCACGUCGCGAUUUGGAUGGGGCAGUUUAGGUGGUCGGUCGACGGGCACACCAGCAACUCCCACGACCCCCAUCACUCCAAUGAGCUUCGCUUCCUCCCAUGCACUCCCUUGGGAUAAAGACACCUGCACCGGAUCCUGGAAUCAUAAGAUGGGCCGGGAUUGGUGGUUCCAUAUGGAACGUGACCGCCCAGGGAACUCAGAGCUCAUCAGUGCGAUGCAGCUCUUCUGA